AGUCAAUGUUUAAGACCAAGAGAAAGAACAGAUAAAUGGUACAGUAUAAAAAUUUUAAACUUGUAUGCAAUAAAAGUUACCAUUAAGAAAGUUAAAAGGGGGACUUCCACUGGCAGUCCAGUGGUUAAGAAUCUGCCUUGCGGGAGCUGGAAGCAGAGGUUGGGGCUGGAGGUUCUGGAGAAUGGAAACCGUGAUGGAGGCACAGAGCCCGCUGACCGAGGACGGCUUCUGCCAGGUCACCCGCAAAGGUGGCCGGCGGGCGAAGAAACGGCAGGCCGAGCAGCCGUCCACGCUGGAGGAGGGAGGCGACGCGACCUCCAUGGACACCGAGGAGGCCCGACCCGCAAAGAGGCCCGUCUUCCCGCCCCUCUCCGGGGACGGGUUCCUGAGUGGGAAAGAAGAAACCAGGAAAAUUCCAGUCCCAGCUAACAGAUACACGCCAUUAAAAGAGAACUGGCUGAAGAUAUUUACUCCUAUUGUGGAGCAUUUGGGACUUCAGAUAUGCUUUAACUUGAAAUCGAGGAAUGUUGAAAUCAGAACUUGUAAAGAAACCAAAGAUGUUAGCGCUCUGACAAAAGCAGCUGAUUUUGUGAAAGCCUUCAUUCUUGGGUUUCAGGUGGAGGACGCACUUGCCCUUAUUAGACUGGAUGACCUCUUUCUGGAGUCCUUUGAAAUUACAGAUGUUAAACCUUUAAAGGGAGACCACCUGUCCAGGGCAAUAGGCAGAAUUGCUGGCAAAGGAGGAAAAACCAAAUUCACCAUCGAGAACGUGACCCGGACGUGGAUAGUUUUAGCUGACGUGAAAGUUCACAUCCUUGGUUCUUUUCAAAACAUCAAGAUGGCAAGAACCGCCAUUUGCAACCUCAUUCUGGGAAAUCCUCCAUCAAAGGUUUAUGGCAAUAUUCGAGCUGUGGCUAGCAGAGCAGCAGACUGAUUCUGAUUUCGCAUCAAGGACUUUUAAUCUUUGAUCUCUAUAGAGAAAAAGACUUUACUUCUACACGUUUACUUCUACAUGUGGUCACCGGACACCGUAUGAAGAACUUUUCAGUCAUGGGUACCAUUAUUACACUAGCACAUUGAGUAUAAUUUAUCAUUGUUUCCAUUUUAAAUUACAUGUAGCAGGUUUGCAUAGUUUAUAAUCCUCUUAUUUGGGGGGGCACCUCUUAUUUUAAGCAACAGUUCUUUAUUUUCUGAGUUUUUUAUUUAUAAAUUUAUGUUUUCUAAAUUUGUAAACAUUUCUUCUCUGUCAGUUCUAAUUAACAGAAUUAUCUCAGAAAAUCUGAGUUGUGACCCUUAAAUAGUGAGUGGUGUGUGAAUAUUUUAGACCCAGGUCAUAAACAGCAGUUUGAAUAUACCCUGUGAAAUAAGAAAAGACUAAUCUUUGUACCUAUUUUUGCAGUUUGUAAAUAUAAGUGUUCAAUAAAAGCAGUCAGACCUUAAAAAAAAAAAAAAAAGAAUCUGCCUUGCAAUGGGGGGGGGACUUGUUUUUGAGCCUUGGUUGGGGAACUAAGAUCCCACAUGCUGUGGGGCAACUAAGCCUGCACACCAUGCCAACAACUAGGGAGACCACUCGCUGUAAUGAAAGGUCCUGGGUACCACAACUAAGACCCAACAGAGCCAAAUAAAUAUUAGAGAAAGAAAGAAAGAAAGAAAGUGAAAAGACAACCACUGGAAUGAGAGAAAAUAGUUGCAAGUCAUACAUCUGAUGAGGUACUAUAUCCAGAACAUAUAAAGAGCCCUUACAACUAAGAAUAAAAAGACAAAUCAAUUCAAAGAUAGGCACAGGAUAUGAAGAGACAUUUCUCUAAAGAGGCCAUACAUAAAUAACCACUAAACACAUGAAAAAGAUACUCAACAUCAUUAGCCAUCAGAGAAAUGCAAAUUAAAACAAUGAAAAAGCACUUCACAGCCAUUAGGACGGCUGUAAUCAACACACAGGCAAUGAUAACUGUUGGUGAGGAUGUAGAGAAAUUGGAACCCUUAUAUUUUACUGGCCGAAUUGUAAAAUGGUAUAACUGUUGUGCAAAACAAUUUGGAAGCUCCUUAAAAUGUUUUAAACGUAGUUCACUCUACUCCUUGGUGUAUACCCAAGAGAACAGAAAACAUUUGUCCACACGAAAGCUUGUGUAUGACUGCUUACAGCAGCACUAUUCACAGCAGUCGUAAAGCGGAAAUAUUAAUUCACAUGGUUAUCUGAGGUACAGCCAUACAAUGGGAUGUUUGGUGACAAAAGGGAAUGAAAUGCUGAUACAUGCUGUACAACAUACAUGAACCUUCAAAACAUGUUACGUGAAAGAAACUAGUCACAAAUCACAAUUAUAUGAUUGUAUUUAUAUGAAAUGUCCAGAAUAGGCAAAUCUAUAGAAAUAGAAGGUAGACCAGUUACUCAGGGCUGGAAGUGGGUUGGGGUAAUGAGGAAUGACUGCUAUAGUAUACAGGGAUUCUUUCAGGGUUAAUGAAAUGUUCUCAAAGUAGCUUGUGAUGAAGGUUCCACAAUGCUGUGAACUUCUUGAAAACUACUGCACUGUAUACUUUAAAAGGGUGAAUUUUAAGGUAUGAAUUAAAUCUCAAUAAAGCUAUUAAAAAGACUCCUUACUAUUAAUAUAUAAGGAAUAGCAAUGUUAAGGAAGCAGUGUGUCCACUUAGGGCCAUGCAUUUCAUAUUUUCCCUUAGAAAUUGUAUUCAUAAUAUAGUCUUUUAAAAUGAUAAUUUUAUUUAUCAUUGUGAUAAUUUAUUCACACUUGUGCUUACUUCUUGAUUACAAGUAGAAGAUUUCUAGAUAUGGACAUGAACACAUCUUUAAACGUGUUGCUAGUCACCUUUUCGGGAUCAUGAACAAUUUGGAUAAUGUGCUGUAUUAAACUUAAAAAAAAAAUUCUUGCCCCCAGUGUGAUUUUUUGCAGGCUUAGGGUCAGUGAUAAUAAUCUGAACGGUUACACCGAGGAAUUUUGUUUUAGACAAUAGAGCCAGGUGUUCACAGACCCAUGCAAAAAAUAAUAAUAAAUAAGAAAAGUUCUCUAAGAAUCAAAGGCAGGAAAAUGAACACUGAUAACUACAUCUCCCCUAGAUUUUAAACAAUCCCCAACUCUACACGAGAAAGAACUGACUGACAGCACUUUUGAGUUAUAUCACUCAUUCCUAAGGUUUUUCCUACUCACAACUCCAAAAGGAAACAACUGGCUUAGCUAAAUCACUUACAUUAAGUAACUUUUCCUUUUAAAUUUGUUAAUGAUGACUUCACAGUUAUACUAAAUGUUAGAAAGUAAGUUUCAUCAGAUCUGCUUUUCAUUAAAAACUGGGGCUCUGUAUGUACACAUAUAUAUAUAUUGUACAUGCAUCCAGUGAAGGGGUUGAGUCUUAAUGAUUCAAGUCCUUCUAGCACUUCCUACUUCACUCAGUGCUGAACUCCUUAUUAGACACAGUAAAUGCUUUUAAGUCACUAUGUCAGGCAGUGACUUAACCUUCUAAGAUAAACUCUCCUUGCAAUAUUUCUAAGUAAUACUACAAACACCAUAAGCACAUCUCAAAAGUGGACUGGUGGAGUCCUGGAAAGAGACAAGCUUUAAAACCACAUAGAACUUGAAUCAUAUAGAACCUGAGUUAAAUCCCAGCUCAAGCACAAGUGACUCACGUGACUUGGGUCUUGGGUUUCCUGUUUGUGCAAAGGAGAUAUUAAUGAACAUUUUGUUGCAUUCUUGUUAAAAUUUAAAGUACAAUAUGAAAAUAAUUCAGUACAAGGUGUGUCAUCAGACUGUGAAUAAAUGGUAGCUCUUCUUAUUACUGUUUCAUUGAUAUUAGCAUUUGUAAUACCUGUUUAGCUGCCCCCAAAACAGAUCUGAAGUAAACUCCUUUGUAGUUUCCUGAAAGCCAGUUCACCACUAUAGUUUAGGUGAUUCUUACAUGCUUAAGACAUAUAUUUUUUGUAAAACAGGAAAUAAAUUUCCUCCAAAUUCUACAAAGUGGCCUGCCAUAUGCCUGUUUAGUCCAAGUAACAAUCUAUUAAUGACAUGUAUUUUGACGAAAUCUGAGAUAGGAAAGCCAUCUAUAUUUGUAAGUUAUCACCAAUUAUGCUCCCAAGCAGCCUAAUUCUAAAAUUCCACUAUUUCAGAACCACUCAAAUAACAUCUCUAAUUACAUACCCACAUUUCAAAGUUUAUCUUUACCUUAAAGACCUGUUCUUCCGUGAUUCUGAGCACUGUAAAUGAGGAUUUUGAAAAUGUUUUGAUUUUCCGGAGGUAUUAAUUUGUAUCUAACAGCCAAAGGGGAAAUCUUGAUUAGAAAAAAACUCUAAAUGGCUAAAUUUAGUUAGAAUUAAGUAAACUGGAAUUAAAUAAAUCAUCUAGUCAAAGCUAUGGUUUUUCCAGUAGUCAUGUAUGGAUGUGAGAGUUGGACUAUAAAGAAAGCUGAGAGCGAAGAAUUGAUGCUUUUGAACUGUGGUGUUGGAGAAGACUCUUGAGAGUCCCUUGGACUGCAAGGAGAUCCAACCAGUCCAUCCUAAAGGAAAUCAGUCCUGAAUAUUCAUUGGAAGGACUGAUGCUGAAGCUGAAACUCCAAUACUUUGGCCACCUGAUACGAAGAACUGACUCAUUAGAAAAGACCGUGAUGCUGGCAAAGAUUGAAGAUGGGAGAAAAAGGGGUCGACAGAGGGUGAGAUCGUUGGAUGGCAUCACCGACUCGAUGGACAUGAGUUUGAGUAAGCUCUGAGAGUUGGUGAUGGACAGAGAAGCCUGGCGUGCUGCAGUCCAUGGGGACACAAAGAGUUGGACACGACUGAGUGACUGAACUGAAAUAAACUGGAUGAUUUGCAAUAUUUGUUACAUUCAUAAAAAUAUUUAUAUAAGUGUGUUCACAAUACUUUCACCUUAUUAGAAAUCAGCAUUCCACAUUUUUUAUGGGUUUAACUUUUGAAAAUUGACUUUAUAUUUUUCCUCUGCCUCUUUAAAACAGAAACUAAGCUAUUUGUGAUGAGGGCUACUUACUAGCAGAGGCAAUAAAAAGGACAAUUAAAAAAUCAAAUAAUAAAUAUAUAUUACUUAAUAGCCUUGGAAAGGUACUAUACAAGGUCUGCAAAGAUAAGUAAUUAAUAACAAUUUCAAGAAACAUACCUUUAUUAUUUACCUGUGUAGCAUUCAAGAAGGAAAAAAGCUAUAGCUCAAACAAAAGCUCAACUGGGUUAUUUCAGAUUCGAUUUCCUUCCCUUUUUAAAGAUAACGAGGACAGAAGUUUUCUGAUACCAUAGAAAAUGUCACAAGGGAUGGUCAAGUCUUGCUGAACUGCCACCUUCCUUAGUGAAGCCUGUCCUGACCUCCUUGUUUAUCAUUUUGUAACUGUACCCUUCCAGAUCCCUCUUCCUAUGCUCAACCCUCCCCCAUCAUAGCUCUUCAUUUUUCUAACUUAAUUAGUUAGUAACUAACUUCAUUAGUUAAGGCUUAUUUUUUAUUCUGCCUCCACCCCUGACACACGUUGAAGUGUGAACUCCAUGGGGGCAGGGGUUUUUGCCUUGUGCUGCGAUGGAGCCUGAACUCUCACAAUUGGGUCUAACAAAUGGUAGGUCCUUAACAAGAAAUUACUGAGCAAUUAAAUGAGUAUACGUAACAGAAAAGAGCAAAAGGUAUAAAGCUGUGCCACUUAAAAGACCAAUUCUCCAGACCAGACAGAGAACAUUCCUGGGUUAAAUGCCCCACCACUUAAGAGUACUCCGCUCACGUUUCCCUUGGAGA